AUGAUAUGUUUUCAACAACGCAAGCCCAGCAAUGAGAUGGAUUCGACCACAGAAACCAGUCAAUUGACACAAUUCCAAUACCAGUCACUGUGCCAUCUGCAACCUCCUACACAUGUCAAGACGGCGUCCGGUAUGGUCUUUGGGCUCUCAUGCAGCGAACGUUGUCGAAAUCAAAUCCAUAAGUUUGCCGCCUACUACAGAGAAUACGAGAUAGCCGAUCGCGAGGCUGAAACCGGUGGGAAUACGCGGGAUUUUGUUCUUUGGAGUUCGCCCGCAUGA